UCCAUUGCACGUUAAAACGUCGAAGCGAGAGCACUCUCUUCUCUCUUCCUUUGUGUCUGUUUCUUCUCAACGCACGAAGAGUGAGAGAGAGAGAGAGCGUGCGUGAUAUAGCGCUUCAGAGCGCUCCAGCAACGAUCAAUUGCUGGCGGAUCGCCCCAGCUUAGAAGUAAAGCUAUGAUGGCUUGGGCAUUUACAGUUGCCAUCCUCUUUUCUGUUGCCGCCGCCGCCGCCGCAUCUCUCUCGAUUCCGUUGCAUCCAGAUUCAGGGACUUUUGGUAGUACCGUUGGUAGUAAUGGUACUACCAUGUUUCUGCCUCUGUUUUUCAACAACCACAACCACCACAGCCACAAGGACGGCUUUUAUCCUCGCCGCCAUCUCCAGAACCGCAGCACGCCAAACGCUCGGAUGCCCCUCCACGACGAUCUCCUUCUUAAUGGGUAUUAUACAACUCGUCUGUGGAUCGGGACACCCCCGCAGGGAUUUGCUCUUAUAGUUGAUACCGGCAGUACUGUUACUUAUGUUCCUUGCUCGACUUGCGAACAGUGUGGCAAGCAUCAGGAUCCAAAGUUUCAACCAGAACUGUCAACCACCUACCAACCUGUGAAGUGCAACAUUGAGUGUGCUUGUGAUAACAACAGAGAGCAAUGUAUUUAUGAAAGGCAAUAUGCUGAAAUGAGUUCUAGUAGUGGGGUAUUGGGUGAGGACAUUGUGUCCUUUGGCAACCAAAGUGACCUGAAACCACAACGAGCUGUUUUUGGUUGUGAGACGAUGGAAACAGGUGAUCUUUACAGUCAGCACGCCGAUGGGAUAAUGGGCCUGGGUCGUGGAGAUCUUAGUAUUGUGGAUCAACUUGUUAAUAAAGGUGUAAUUAGUGAUUCAUUUUCCUUGUGCUACGGUGGAAUGGAUGUGGGCGGUGGUGCCAUGGUUCUUGGAGGGAUUUCACCGCCAGCUGAUAUGGUUUUUGCUCGUUCUGACCCUGUGCGCAGUCCAUAUUACAAUAUUGAGCUGAGGGAGUUACAUGUUGCUGGGAAGAAGCUGGCGCUCGAUCCCAAGGUGUUCGAUGGUAAACAUGGAACUGUUCUGGAUAGCGGCACCACUUAUGCUUACCUUCCUGAACUGGCAUUUGGAGCAUUCAAGGAAGCUGUUUUCAAGGAACUCCAGUCGCUCAAAAGAAUACAAGGUCCUGACCCUAACUACAAUGAUAUUUGCUUCUCAGGUGCUGGAAGUGACAGCUCACAACUCUCUCAAGCCUUUCCAUCAGUUGAAAUGGUAUUUAAUGAUGGGCAGAAGCUAUUGUUGUCCCCUGAAAAUUACUUGUUCAGACACUCGAAGGUACGUGGUGCAUACUGCCUUGGGAUUUUCCAGAAUGGGAAGGAUCCAACCACUCUUCUGGGUGGUAUUAUUGUUCGGAAUACUCUUGUAACAUAUGACCGUGAACAUGAAAAAAUUGGUUUCUGGAAAACCAAUUGUUCUGAGUUGUGGGAGAGACUUCACCUACCAACUGCUAGUCCACCACUGCCUUCAGGCACAGGUCAGAUGAACUCAACCAUGAAUAGAGCUCCUACCUUGGCACCUACCCUGCCACCUACCCUGGCUCCUAUUCAGCCUCUGCCACCCAAAGCUCCAGGGAAGAUAAAAAUAGGUCUCAUAACAUUCUAUAUGCUGUUGACUGUCAAGUACCCAGAGUUGAAGCCUCACAUAUCAGAACUUACUCAAUUCAUUGCAAAGGAGUUAGAUGUUAAUGCUUCACAGGUUCAAUUGGUGAAUUUCACUCCUAGAGAGAAUGAUACCCUCAUAAAAUGGGCCAUCUUCCCAGCAGAGUCUGCUGGUUAUAUUUCUAAUGCUACUGCUCUGAACAUUAUAUCCAGGCUGAGUGAAAAUGGUAUACAUCUACCUGAUAGCUAUGGAACUUACAAAGUGUUCGAGUGGAAGAUCGAGCCACCAUCUGAACGGUCAUGGUGGCAGCAACAUUACUUGGUCAUAGUUAUCCCUUUUAUCAUUAUAAUGGUAGCUGCAGUAUUGGCUUUUGGGGCAUGGUUUAUUUGGCACAGGCAGCAAGCGGUGCUCUCGUACAAGCCGGUUGAUUCUGUUGUAGCCGAGCAAGAACUCCAGCCUCUACAGAACUAAGCUGCCUUGUUUUAAUGAUGGAACUGAUGACUGACUUGUGUGUCCCAUUUAUGUUGCUUCCGUAGCAAUAGAUUCUUUUACAGCAAAGUUUUAGGUUAGGAAUGCAAGGUGUCACCUCCCUCAUGAGCAUGUCUAAUAUAUGUCCAGGUAUGUGAAUAGCAAUAUGUCAUCUCAGCAAACAACUCUUCUUCAAGGUGAAUUGUUAGUUUAUAUUUUCAGAAUUUGUACCCUAAUUCUUUUCAUUUGUGAAAGGAGAAUAGCUUAUAGAGAUUGUAGCAUAGAUGAAUAAGUAGUAUGCUGGAAACAUUUCUUUUGGUUUUCAAACACUUAUGUUCAAUUUUAUACUAUUCAAAUCUUAUCUUUUUGUCA